CCCGCCGAGUCUGGGUGAGAAGCACUCGGAUUCCGUGAACUUUCUUCUAAGCCGCCCGCCUCUCUCGGUUCCCCUUCGAGUAAGGGAAGGGGAGCGGCAGGGGGACCCCAGCGCUGGAAACCCCGGAGGAUGCCGCCCCAGGAUCCCGGAGCCGCCGAGGAGGAGACGCCGGGGGCGGAGAGCAGCCCUGCAGGCUGUCUGUCCUCCUGAAGCCGCGAGCCGGGAGGCGGGGAUGAGGGAGGGGCGCCCGGGCCUGCCACAGGCGGACGGCUGUGUCCUCGGACCCGAAGGGUCAUCUGCCCCCGCCCGCUGAACACCGAGCCCGCCGGGGACCUGAGCCCCGCUAGUCCUGCGCCUCCGGACGCGGGGCUCCUCCCGCCGCAGCAGCCCACAGCGCGGCUCGCCUGGGUCCUCCUCUCCCCGGGGACCUCCCCUCUCUGGGGUCCUCGGGAGACACCGAGCCCGCGGACUGAGGCGGCCAGAGGCCCCUGGAGGUCCCCUUCCCCCCGGGACCCCUCCCCGAGACGGCCACCCCGGGACCCUCCCGGAUCGAGGCCCCUGGGAGAAACGGCCUCCGAGACCCCGAGGGCAGAAGACAGCAGGGCAGCCCUGGCUGCCUCGUCGGCCCAGACCUGGGACUGGGCUUCGGCGUUCCGGGACCUACCAGGCCCCUCAGAAGGCCCCUCUGCUCUCCCCACGCCCCUUCCAGCUCUCAGACACGGUCCCGGGGUGGCACCCAACAGUCAUGGGUGAGAAGGACCCCAAAGACCUGCAGGGCCCCUUCCGCGACGUGCGGGCAGCUGGUCCCUCCGCAUCCUCGUGUCCUCCCUUUCUCGUACUCUGAUCAUCCGUUCCAACCCUGGGGGGCCUCGGCUGGGCGGCGAGCCCCCCUAGUCUCCAAAGGGAACCUCCUGUGGCGCUCACCCAGGGAGCCCUCCGGUGCCCAGAGGCCCCUGGGAGAGGCUUAAGCCAUGACCCCGCAGAGCCCCCAAGCCCCACCUCCCAGGGCUCCGGCCCCCGAGGAAGCAGCUGCCCUUCUGAGCGGCUGACUCUUGAUUCCACGGCCAGAGCCCCCGUCCCGAUGGGCUCCGUUCAGCACCACUGUUGCCCGCAGCCGAAGAUGGGCGACACCUGGGCCCACGGGCCCCGGCCUGGGCCCCCGCGGCCCGCCCUGCUCCUGGUCCCCCUCCUCAUGGCGGCCGGGGUGAUGCCCUCGGACGGCGGCGCCAGCUGCCCGGUGCUCUGCACGUGCCAUAACCAGGCGGUGGACUGCAGCGGCCAGCGGCUCUUCUCUGUGCCCCCGGAGCUGCCCGUGGACACGCGCAACCUCAGCCUGGCGCACAACCGCAUCGCCGCUGUGCCGCCCGGCUACCUCACGUGCUACCGCGAGCUCCGGGUGCUCAGCCUGCGCAACAACUCCCUGGUGGAGCUGCCCGCGGGCCUCUUCCUCCACGCCAAGCGCCUGGCACACCUCGACCUGAGCUACAACAACCUCAGCCACCUGCCCGCCGGCAUGUUCCAGGCCGCGCACGGCCUUGUGCGCAUCGACCUCAGCCACAACCCCGGGCUGCGCCGGGUGCACCCGCGCGCCUUCCAGGGCCUGGCGCAGCUGCGGGACCUCGACCUCAGCUUCGGGGGCCUGGCCUUCCUCAGCCUCGAGGCCCUCGAGGGCCUGCCCGGGCUGGUGACCCUGCAGAUCGGCGGCAACCCCUGGGUGUGCGGCUGCACCAUGGAGCCCCUGCUCAAGUGGCUGCGGAACCGCGUCCAGCGUUGCACCGCGGACUCCCAGCUGGCUGAGUGCCGAGGCCCCCCGGAAGUCGAGGGCGCCCCCCUCUUCUCGCUCACGGAGGAGAGCUUCAAGGCCUGCCACCUGACCCUGACCCUGGACGAUUACCUCUUCAUCGCCUUCGUGGGCUUCGUGGUCUCCAUCGCGUCCGUGGCCACCAACUUCCUCCUGGGCAUCACCGCCAACUGCUGCCACCGCUGGAGCAAAGCCAGCGAAGAGGAGGAGAUCUGACGCGGGGGCCCAGCGCCCCUCCACACUGCCCGCCACUGUGGCUCCGCGGGCCCUGGUCACCUCGGUCGCGCUCAGGCAGGGUCACGAGGCCACCUUUGUGUGCGCGUCUCCGGGGGGCCAGGCGCUGUGCUAGGAACUGGGGCUGCCAGCUGGAUCAGACCCCCACCCUGGCCCCCAAGGCCCUGACAGAGGAGCAGGAAUCCGAAACGCUUCCCUUCAAGGCGUUUUGGCAGCACGUGGAGCGAUGGAGGCCCAGAGGACAGGUCAUCUCCUGUCGAGAAAAUCCGAGAGCAUUACAAGAACACAGGCGAUGUGUGAAGUGCCUCAUCGAAAGGAACGCCUGCUUUGUCCGUAGCCAGAGAAGGGCAGACACCGGGCGAUGACACGCGUGGUGUGUGAACAGUGACAUCGAUCACUGUGACUUCAGAGUACAGAGCAGGAGGGGCCGGGACCAGAACUUUCCCCCCGACGCCUGGGCCGUCAGCUCUUGGCCUUGCCCACCCCUGCCCUUGGACGGUGACAACGCCUUCGCGCCGGCCCCCUAAGCCUCCUCCUACCGGCAGCCGCCAGGUGAGACCCCCUCCCGUUGACCGCCCUUGCCCCAUCCUACGUGGCCAGCUGUCGCCACAGGCGAGGUGGUCCGGGCAGUGAACCCCCUGCAGCACCCUUCCACUCCCCCAUCUCCUGCCUGGCAUGCGAGCGUGGGCUUCCGAAGAGGGAGGCAGGAGUCCUGGCGCCCUGGGACUCUUCAUCCUGUGACUGUUUCUGUGCCUACACCAAGGGGUCCCCCCAGGACAGUGCACCCCACCGUGCAGCCCUGCAGCGUGAUCCCGAGGCCUGAUGGAGACGGCCACCACAGUCGUGACCACAGGAAGGUUAGAUCCUCCUUUGAAGCCACGGACCUGUUUCAGCAAGAGGAUGAGAGGGCUGUUCACUGCCCAGCACCUGCUGGAGUUGGGCACGGCAAAGGGCUCUCUCCAGAGACAAUCCUAUUCAUGCACACAACAGUCUGCUGAGGUAAGCAUCAUUGCGCCCAUUUUACAGGUGAAGAAACCAAGGCUCAGAGAGGUUAAGUCAUAUGCUACUUAAAAGCAAAAUGAAACCCCAUUCAGGUUGGGGGACAUCACAGUUUCCUCUAACCUUCUCUAAGUUCAAAUUCCAAUUGGAUGAAGCCCCUAAAGGACCAGACACUCUCCUGGGGCACUUGUAAGUCUGUCGACUCACUGAUUUCAAUUCUCCCAGCAACACUGCCUAGUGAGUUCUGUUAUUCCCAUGUUACAGAUGAUUCAGUUGGAGCAGGUUGAGUCUCUCACUCCAGGUUAUAUGGAUACACUCUAGAAGAAAGGGGCUAGGCAGUUCUAUUCAGGGAACCCUGUCUAACCGGUCAGUCAAAAAUCAAGGAACUUCAUGUGCAAAGCACAGUGAGCAUCUUCCUCUUCUUCGGCGUUGGUCUCAUCGUCUUGAUCAUGAGCUUUCCCGUAUUUGUUCAGCGCUGGACAGUUUGUGAAGCACUUUGAUAUCAUUCUCCUUGACUUUUCAUGACCCUGGGUGGUAGACAAACCACAAAAUCCUUGCACCUACUUUACAGAUGGAAAAAUAGAGACUCCGGAGCAGGUACGACUUGUGUGCAUGGCAGGGUGGCAACUCAACUCCAUCUCGGUCCACUUUCCAGGGCUUUCCCAGAUGCUUUCCCAGAGGAAGAAAAUGCCUGAGGGCUCGGCAGAGGGGCCCUUGAAUUCACAGCCAACCAAGAAGGUCCCUGCCAGUCAGCUAAAUAAAGGGCACUGAAAUCCUGCAGUUUAGAGGUACUCGCAUCAGGGCAAAUCCUAGAAGACGCCUGACUUGCAAAGUGUCAACGACACAUCAGAGCUGGUGGGCACCAUGGCAGUCAUGCAAAAGAUAAGACCUCUGGGAAACAGGAGAGAAAGCUGUGUUCCCCCAGCCUGCCUAAGCCUUUCUGUGUUGCAAGAAAUACAAAGGCAGCAAGAAGCAGUCCCCUCUGUAGGAUAGGGGACCACUCUAGGACCCAAUCCCAUAUGCUGGCAAGAUCGGCGAAGAUGAGGAUUAAAUCCGGGACUUUCUACCGUGCCCUUGGCUCCAGUAAGCUCGCCUCACCCAUCCUCCUGGCAGGCCGCAAAAGAAUGGAGGAGAAUGGCAGAGCAUCUUCCAAGAAGUCUUCCCCAACUCCUGCUGGCCUGAGCUCGUCAACCAAAAGAGUGCCCGACACUCUGCUGGAACUGGGGUGCUUGACCCUUGUCUCCUCUGCGUCUCAUGUACAAUGUCAGGGCCAGAAUUCUGCUCCCUGAUGAUGGGGCAGGGCCGUGCCCACUCUCUUCCGCUGUGUCCCGGGGCCGGCAGACCAGGGUCACUCUCUGGGAGUCCAGCCAAUGACAACAAAAGAGUAUUUGAGGAAGAACUAUUAGAAAUAACAGCCCUAACACAAACAGUUAAACCUCCCACAGAGGGGCACCAUACACAUCUAUCAUAAUGUCUUAGAGACUCUGGUUUGCUGAAAUAUAGUUAACAUAUUUUAAGACAGGAUUUUUUUUUUUUUUUUUUUUUGCAUAGAA